AUGUCCCUCGACAAACCCCUCUUUUUCUUCGAGACGAACAGUGGCCCUAGUGCGCGGCGUGGCCAGGGCGGGGAUCAUCACCCCCAGCCACAGAGGCAGCAGGCCCGGAGUGGUUUGUUUCACCUCCCGCAUGGUUCACUGCGCACACCCAUAUUCAUGCCUGUGGCGACGCAGGCCGCACUAAAGGGUGUGACAGUGGAGCAGUUGGAGGAACUUGAUGUGGAGAUUAUCCUCGGGAACACGUAUCACUUGGGGCUGCGACCCGGGGAGGACAUUUUUAACAACAUCACACGGCUAAAAAACGCUCAAGAGAAUGCUGCAAAAGACAGUGAGGCACAGGAAAUAGAGUCCUCGCGGAUCCGAAACAAUAUGGAUGGGAUUCAUUUUCUACAAGGAUGGCGACGGAAUAUUCUUACGGACAGUGGGGGUUUUCAAAUGGUAAGUCUGCUGCGACUUGCUAAAAUUACUGAGGAGGGUGUGCGUUUUCAGUCAACUCACGGUGGCAACGGUGGAGGCGUACGAGUGGGUGAUAACGCUCAUAGCACCAUCCAUAGCAGUGGUGCUGCCUAUGCUGGAGAUGAGGACGCAGACUAUACGCUGCUACUGCGGCCAGAGGACAGCAUUCGCAUUCAAAAUGCCAUUGGGGGUGAUAUUAUGAUGCAACUGGAUGAUGUUGUGCACGUUCUCACGACUGGACCUCGUAUGGAGGAGGCCUCUAGACGUACUGUACGUUGGCUAGAUCGUUGUCUUUCUGCCAACAUGAAUCCAGAUAAGCAGGGCAUAUUUGGCAUUGUUCAAGGUGGCCUCGAUCCAACACUGCGGGCAGAGUGUCUUGCUGAGAUGGUCAAGAGAACAGCCUGUAAGGGGUACGCUAUUGGUGGCUUAAGUGGUGGGGAGGCAAAGGAUGAUUUCUGGCGAAUCGUUGCCCAGUGUUGCAAGGGGCUUCCAGACGACAAACCACGCUACUGUAUGGGUGUGGGGUAUCCAGAGGACAUUAUGGUGUGUAUCGCACUUGGAGUGGACAUGUUUGACUGUGUGUAUGCUUGCCGUACGGCCCGCUUUGGUUCGGCAUUGACAUCUACGGGAAAGAUUCAAAUUACAAAGAAGGCAUUUGCUAACGACAUGGGGCCCCUGGAUCCUGCCUGUAACUGUAAGACAUGCAAAACUUUUUCCCGUGCGUACCUGCACCUUGUUGCGACUAAGGAGGCACUCGGAUCCACUCUUCUUUCCUACCACAAUGUGGCCUACCUCAUCAACCUCACCCGCGGCACGAGGGCGGCUAUCGAGGGUGGUAGUUUCACAGAAUAUGUGCAGAACUUCUUCGUGGCGUAUUACCCCAAACGGGACUACCCAAAGUGGGUAAUGGAAGCGCUGUAUUCUGUCGGCAUUGAGCUUCUCUAA